AUGAUUCGGAACAUGAAGGGCGAUGAUAUCGAUGGCGACAGCACACGGCAUUUAGCCGACCAUCACCCAGCAGGCUCAUGUGAAGCCAACACCGACCUCGCCUUGGGAGUGGUCGAGGCAGGUGUCUGCCUGAGGCGUCACCGGUCGCAUCCUCGGUCGCAUCCUUGGCACGGAACGGAGGCCUCGGCAGUCCAACCUGCUUGCUACACGGAGUACUGUCCUGAGACAUCAAAUGCUGGCUUUCAUUUCAAGAAUGAUGUAGGCGCUGUCCUCGCCUUAGAUAUGUUGAUAGCGGAUUGGAAACUGCGCCAUUUCCCCUCUCAAGGGCGUCCGGAGGAAAUGGUCAACAGUGCAGAUGACCGAUCCUCCAGGCAUCACGAAUCCGCCCCUAGCCUUGACAUCGACAACACAGCCGGAUAUCCCAGUGUCCAGGAGUUCCGGCACUCCGUGACGCUGUGGCUGGUUGACCGGGCGAUCGGAGUUAACGGUGGCAAGGAGAAGCGGCCACAUUGGCCGCGAAAAGUUUUCGGGUUCGGGUGCCGCUAG